GCAUCAUGAAGUUAAACACGGAGGUCCGGGACGUGGGCCCCAUGGGACUAAAGGGUUUCUACUUGGCGUUCCAAGAUGUUGGAGCGUGCAUUGCUCUUGUUUCCGUCAGGGUCUUUUACAAGAAAUGCCCCUUAGCAGUUCGACACUUGGCCCAGUUCCCUGAUACCAUCACUGGUCCCGAUACUUCCUCGCUGGUGGAAACUGGUGGUGCGUGUGUGGAUAAUUCAGUGCCAAGGGAGGUUCCCAAGAUGUACUGUGGAGCUGACGGAGAGUGGUUGGUGCCCAUAGGGAACUGCCUGUGCAAACCUGGAUAUGAGGAACGCAAUUCAGAAUGCCAAGCCUGCAAGAUUGGUUACUACCGUGCUCUGGCCACGGAUGGCUCCUGCUCCAAGUGUCCACUGCACAGUUACUCUGUAAGGGAGGGCUCCACCUCUUGCUUCUGCGACAAGGGAUACUUCCGCUCCGAAACAGACCCGGCAUCCAUGCCCUGCACCCGCCCUCCGACCGCACCUGUCCACCUCAUCUCCAAUGUGAACGAAACCUCCGUCAACCUGGAGUGGAGCCCCCCUCGGAACUCCGGGGGCCGCCAGGACCUGACGUACAACGUCGUGUGCAAGCGCUGCGGGCCUGACGGCCGGCGCUGCCAGCCCUGCGGCAACGGCGUUCACUUUAGCCCCCAGCAGCUGAGCCUGAAGGGGACCAGGGUGUCCAUCAACGAGCUGCAGGCGCACACCAACUACACCUUCGAGGUGUGGGCGGUGAACGGCGUCUCGCCUCAGAGCCCGGGGCCGGAGCAGGCCGUCUCCGUGACUGUCACCACCAACCAGGCUGCUCCUUCUCCAGUAACUUCCAUCCAGGCAAAGGAUAUCACCAGACACACCAUCUCAUUGGCCUGGCAGCCACCAGAAAGGUCCAACGGGGUCAUCCUGGAGUAUGAGGUCAAAUAUUACGAGAAGGACCAGAACGAAAGGAGCUAUCGCAUCAUCAAGACGUCAUCCAGAAGCACGGACAUCAAGGGCCUCACCCCCCUCACCUCCUACGUGUUCCAUGUGCGCGCUCGCACUGCAGCCGGUUACGGGGAAUUCAGCGGGCCCUUUGAGUUCAUGACUAACUCUGUCCCUGCUCCCAUCAUAGGCGACGGGGCCAACUCCACCGUGUUGCUGGUGUCGGUGGUGGGCAGCGUGGUCCUCCUGAUUAUCCUCAUCAGCGCUUUCGUCAUCAGCCGAAGGAGUAAAUACAGCAAAGCUAAGCAGGACUCUGAUGAAGAGAAGCACUUACAUCAAGGAGUCAGGAUAUACGUUGACCCCUUUACCUACGAGGACCCGAACCAAGCCGUCCGCGAGUUUGCCAAAGAGAUUGAUGCCUCCUGUAUCAAGAUCGAGAAAGUUAUUGGCAUUGGGGAGUUUGGCGAGGUCUGCAGCGGCCGCCUGAAAAUGCCCGGCAAGCGGGAGAUCUGCGUGGCCAUAAAGACCCUGAAGGCCGGCUACACCGACAAGCAGAGGAGGGACUUCCUGUCUGAGGCCAGCAUCAUGGGCCAGUUUGACCACCCCAACAUCAUUCACCUGGAGGGCGUGGUCACCAAAUGUACGUUCAGUAAGCCGGUGAUGAUUAUCACGGAGUACAUGGAGAACGGAUCGCUGGAUGCAUUCCUGAGGAAGAACGAUGGUCGCUUCACAGUCAUCCAGCUGGUCGGCAUCCUGCGCGGAAUCGCGUCGGGCAUGAAGUACCUGUCCGACAUGAGCUACGUUCACCGCGACUUGGCUGCUCGCAACAUCCUGGUGAACAGCAACCUGGUGUGCAAGGUGUCUGACUUUGGCAUGUCGCGGGUUCUGGAGGACGACCCGGAGGCUGCCUACACCACCAGGGGAGGCAAGAUCCCCAUCCGCUGGACGGCCCCGGAGGCCAUCGCUUACAGAAAGUUCACCUCCGCCAGUGACGUGUGGAGCUAUGGCAUCGUCAUGUGGGAGGUGAUGUCGUACGGGGAGCGACCGUACUGGGACAUGAGUAACCAAGACGUGAUCAAGGCUAUUGACGAGGGCUAUCGGCUGCCUCCGCCCAUGGACUGCCCCGUGGCUCUCCACCAGCUCAUGCUGGACUGCUGGCAGCGGGAGAGAGGCGACCGGCCAAAGUUCGGACAGAUCGUCAACAUGCUGGACAAGCUGAUACGCAACCCCAACACCCUGAAGAGGACCGGGGGAGAGACUGCUGUCAGACCCAACACCACCCUGCUGGAGCCAGGGAGCCCGGAGGCGUCGUCCGCAGUGGGCACAGUGGAGGACUGGCUGCAGGCCAUUGGCAUGGAGAGAUACAGUGACAACUUCACUGCAGCCGGCUACACCACCCCAGAGGCCGUGGUUCAUAUGACACAGGAGGACAUGGCACGCAUAGGCAUCUCCUCUGCUGCGCAUCAGAACAAGAUCCUGACCAGCGUCCAGGGUAUCCUGUCCCAAAUGCAACAGAUCCAAGGCAGAAUGGUUCCUGUCUGAAAAGAGCAAACCAAGGAAUCAAAAGGACAUUUUUUUCUUAUAAAAGAAUGAACACAUACUAAAAAAGAAUAAAUAUAUAAAAAAAACAGACAAAUAAACUAUGAAGAAAUAGUUUACCUCAUCAAUGCACUUUAAAUUGGAUUUAAAAGAAAAGAAGACCUUGAUGAAGAAAAAAGGGGUGUCUAAAAUGGCACUUUUUCACAAAUCUGACCUUUACUUUGCCCUUUUUGAUCUUUUGAAGAAUGGAACACUUCUGUCGUCAGCAUUUUUUGGAUCCAUGGGGGGGAGGCGGCUGAAAAAGUGCUUCCGAGAGGCCAGUCUGGAGUGCCUUUAAAGGUCUAGAAGGAGGGAGGGAGGCAUUGGGAUCUGACGUUUCUUCCUCCUCUUGGGCAAACUGUUUUCUCUCUGGAUUAAUCCAAGGAGCAGACUUUUUCAAUUUCUUGUGGCUGUGUUUAUUGUACAUGACUUGUUUCUGCGGGACUCACAGAGGCUGCCCCGGCCACCAUUGUUCUCUUUCUCUCUCCGUCAGCUGGAUCUGUUUGAUAUCUCUCGAAAAGUGGAGGACCCUACCUGUGAAUCUCUGAGGUUGAGGGCUGUAUUCUUGGGGGAUAUGCUGGCUUUUUUUUUUUUCUUCCAAGGAACUUUUUGUGGUUUUGCCCCUCUUCUGGCCUUGCUUUUUUUUCCUAGAUCAUAAUGUCCAAUGUCCUGCGGGAAUUACUGAGAAUGUUUUUGAUCUUCCGAAGGAGACUUCCCUCAACCCCCCGUCUUCCCAAAAACAAGCCCUCCUACGACGUCCGUAAACACACAGUUUGGAUUCUUCCAUUUGUCACCCAUCAGAAUCAAAGCCCUCGCCUCGUCGCUACUGCGGGAGCUGCAGACUCUUCCCUCACCACUGUCAACGGACGCUUGUAUGGAAUGCCUGAAUUGGUGGCAUAAAUCGGAGGCGCGAUGAUGGAAUUUACUCUCACUCAACGUGGGGAACGUGGAUAUAAAUGGGCUCACAAACAUCAGCUACAAGAAUAAACAAGAAAAUAAUGGAGGGUUAUUGAAGCUGUCAGCAUGAUGCUGCCGUCCAUCAAAAACACAGGAAUCUGGACCUCGCUUUGCCACGGCUAGAAUCUUUCCCGCUCUUCCUCUACGUCCUCCUUCUUCCUCGUCGUCCCGCUUCCGCCUCAGCCUCACGACCUCUCCUUCGGGGGCUCCUCUUCCACCAACGAGAAGAUAAAUCCAUCCGCAAGCGCCCGGGACGUUCACCGCAACAGCAUCUAGGCUUGACAGCGUAGCCGCUACCGUGCUUGUGGCCGUCCGGCAACGAGCUGGAGAGUUCCUUAGAAUGAAUUUGAGAGCUCAAAAAGAAAAAAAAAGAGACAAGAAGAAGAUUGUAACAUAACAGAGAAAACCUGUUUCGGUGGAUAAUGUACUUUUUUUAAAAUCAUUUGUGAACUUCUUUUUAUUUGAUCUCUUUGCAUGUAGAGUAGCAAGGGUUUAAUUUGUGUGUGAGGAUGAGAUUUCCGUGUGUGUGUGUGUGUGUGCGCGUAUGUGUGUGUGUGUGAGUUCUCCAUUUGUGAUUGUGUCUGUAUUCAUGCCACUGUGGAGAAAGGGGGAUUAACAGAGUUGUAUAGUUUUUGAUAUGAAAAAAAAAAAGAAAAAGCCUGGACUAUAUAUUUUUUUUCUGUUGUGUCAUCCAUGAAAAAAAAAAACAAAAAAAAAAAAAACAGAGAACACAAGAAACGUUGCUCACAUCAUGCAUAUUUUCCUCUGCAACAGCAUUUAAUGAACUGCUUUCUGGAAUGUGACCCGUUUGGAGCGGAUUGCCGUUGGACGCGCGGGGACACGGCCGAGAUACUAAAACGUCUCCAGCGCAUACGAGAAGCACGUCGGGGGUUUGGACUCUCCGUGCUCAUGAUGAAUCAUGGAAGAAACACUUUGUGCAUGUGAGAAUGGUCGCAGUCAAAAGUGACGCACCUGGACAGAACAAAGGAUCGGGGGCGGGGUGGGGUGGGGGGGGGGGGUGUCUGGUGAUUGUUUAAAAAGGAUUUAUUGUUUAAUUUUACAGAGUGCAUCAUACAGCUACAGGAUGAACACAAAGGACCAUGUUCCGUUUCUUCCUUUUCUCCGUAAACUAUACUCCUGCGAAUGUUUCUGAACUCUUGAGAGGCAAUUCAUGUCCACUAGUACACAACACCUCCGUCCUUAAUACUGCACUGAAAUCCUUUCUAGUUGUUUUUUUUCUUUAGAGAGGGGGUAGGGAUAGGGGUUAUCUCUUGAAAACGGACCUGCUUGGAUAUAUGCAAGACAUGCUAGGAAGGAGACGGAAACCAGAAUGUACUGUAAAAUACUUUUUUCCUUUACUUAAAUGUCAAAUAAGUUUAAAAAAGAAGAAGAAAAAAAAAAGAACAUAACGCAAGGGUUAAAGUUUGUCGUUGUAUGCCUUUCCGAUGCCAUAAUGAUCUAGCCAUGUAGAUCUAACAUCCUCUUGAUCCUUUUUGUAUUUUUUCCUUUCUUCAGACAUUAUCAUUUUUUUUUUUUUCCCUUUUUGUUUUGGUCAAGGAGCUAUAGGUACAUGUAACUUAUGUCAUUUAUUUAUGUCCUUUUAUAUCUAGUUUGUAAAAUAAUAGCCUAAAGUGAAGUAAAUAAAAGGGGUGCCAAGGUGCAUUCUUAUUAAAGUAGAAACUAUG